GUAAUAGCCCAGGAGGCCCCUUCGCGAUAGACCCACAUUUACUAUAUAAGUUAGAUUUGGAUCUCAGAUGAUGAAGGACACGUUCAAUAGACUAUUCGAUCAUUGAUAUCAUUUACUAUAUUUCUUCUGGAUUUCUGCAGUUGGAAUUCGAUCUUGAAAUCGCAUGCUGCCAUCGUUAGCCCAUUCAACCAGCCAAUCAUCAUGUCCGAUCCCUGCGAGACACAUCCAAAAAAGGCAAUUCUACACCGACACCGAAGGGGCAUCCGACUCCGAAUCAAGUGCCGCUUUUCAAAGCGGCAAGAUUCGGCGCAUCAUCUAUAUAAGAGAUAUCUAGAUGCCAAAUGAGAUAGGAAUGUUACCCACCUCGAUUCGUCCAAUUCAUUUACCGUCGCUCUCUCCUCCUUCGCCAUGGCCGCAGACCAGACUUCUUUAGAUCCAUUGGACCAUCGCUCACACCAUUCGCACUCCGACCCCAUCGAAGAGAAACGCGAAAUGAGCUCCGACAACAGUGUAGAAGAAAUCAAAGAGUCGGGCGACUUCAAGCGCGGCUUUCGUUUCUGGGCGAUCAUCAUCGGCUUAGGCGUCACCAACCUUCUCGGAGCCUUUGAGAACACCGUCGUCACCACCUCCGCGCCGAUCAUCGUCUCCGAACUAGGGCUCGGGGCGAAUUAUAUCUGGAUCACGAACGCGUUCUUUGUCUGCAGCGCGGCCUUCCAACCCCUAUUCGGUCAACUCUGCAACGUCUUCGGGCGACGAUGGACAACCCUCGUUAUCGUUGCGAUUUUCACUCUCGGGAGCGGUAUAUGUGGAGGCGCUACGAGUGGUGCCAUGCUCAUUGCUGGCCGCGCGGUGCAAGGGCUUGGGUCUGGAGGCAUUAUUAUGGCUGCUGAUAUCAUCAUAUCGGAUCUGGUUCCCUUGCGACAGCGCGGUAAUUAUGUAGCUGUUAUUCUGGCUAUCUAUGGUGUCGGUACCACGUUGGGGCCUUAUAUCGGUGGCUCGAUCGUGCAAGUGACGACUUGGAGAUGGGUCUUCUAUAUGAAUCUCCCGAUCGGAGGGCUCGCUUUGGUCGUGCUGUACUUCUCUCUUCAUGUGAACUACAACAAGGAGAUGUCGUUUAUGCAGAAACUGAAGCGCCUCGAUUUGGUUGGUAAUGGCAUCCUCAUGGCGGCGACCGUGGCUGUCCUGUGGGCCCUAACGGUAGGCGGAGUACAAUAUCCGUGGGGCUCGUGGAAUGUCUUGGUACCCUUGGUCCUCGGUAUAUUUGGUUUUGGACUCUUCGCGAUAUAUGAGAAAUGGGGAUGGUCGGCCGAGCCUGUCAUGCCACCGAGGCUUUUCAACAACCGCACUUCGGUCAUCGUGAGCGUCAAUACCUUCCUCAACUCUGCUCUUCUCUACUGGAUUGUGUACUUUAUGCCCGUAUACUUCCAAGCAGUAAAGCUCUACAGCCCAUCCUACUCCGGCGUCGCGCUUCUACCCCAAUCCCUCGUCGGUAUCCCCGGGGCCGCUAUAUCAGCAGUCGCGCUCUCCCGCUGGGGAAAGUACAAGCCCCUACAUUUCGCCGGAUUCGGAGUUUUCACCCUUGGAAUCGGCCUGUUCGCAUACCUAGACGAGACUUCCUCAACAGCGGAAUGGGCGGUGUUCCAGUCCAUCGCAGCUCUUGGCGCGGGUAUGGUCCUCAACACGCAGCUACCGGCUUUCCAGGCUCCUGUACCUGAAUCAGACCAAGCCGCCGCGACAGCGUCCUGGUGCUUCAUACGCACGUUUGGGAAUGUGUGGGGUGUUGCUAUCCCUGGUGUCAUAUUCAAUAACCGCAUUAACGAACUGCUGUCGCGGGUCUCAGAUUCAGGGGUGCGGGACCUCUUGGCCAACGGGGAUGCGUACCAGUACGGGUCAGCGAGUUUUGUAGGGUCAUUCCCCCAGCCGCUACAAGGCGAGGUUGUCAGUGUGUACCGUGAUGCGCUGAAGCUAGUCUUCGAAGUAGCUAUCGCAUUCGGCGGUCUUGCAGUAUUACUUGUUUUCCUCGAGAAGGAGAUCCCGCUCCGAACAGAGCUCGAGACAGAGUACGGAAUGAAGGAUCCCUCUAAGAAAGAUGCUGCUGAGCGGGAGGCUGACGUGGAGAAUAACGCUGGGGAAAUAUCAUUGGAAGCUCGACCUAAGAACUAAUUUAGGGGUAUAAUAUGAUUGAGUGAUGUAAGAUUGGUGGAGUAACAGGGAUGGAUUAUUGGAGUGUAAUACAGAGUAGGGAGCACUGUACUAUAUUUAAGCCAUAGAUUGUAUCUUAGUAGACAUUUUCUUUGUUAAUA